UCCAUAUCCCUCAUUCCACCCCUCCCAUCAUGUCCACCCCCCCAGUCCCCCCAGACUACUCCGAAGACUACGCCACACAGCCCUUCCCCCUCCGACUCUUCUCCGAAUACGACGACGAGAACGACCUCUGGAUCAAGCAGAAACUCGAAUCCCUCGUGAAAUGCGAUGUCUCUCCCACCCAAACCGCCCUCGAUUUCGACGCCACCAUCACACAGCUUGUCCUCCAAAAGCACGAGAACGUGAUGAAACGCGCCCUCCUCGCCCCCGAACAACGAGCCCAAGGAGGUGAAGAAAAGACGAACCCCUUCACCACCCUUCCCCGUCCGAGAUACUACAUCGAGACCCUCCUCCAGUCCAUUGCGCUUCUCGCGCCAUCCUUCCCGCCGCACCACGCGGGUCAAGAUGCCAUCAUCGAUUUUCUCAAGGCGCUUCAAGCCCUUCCCCGCCAUGAGCUAUAUAGCGGUUCUCCGCCGGAAGAUCCGAAUGAAAAAUACCCUACGAUGACCCUUUGGGCCCUCGAAACGCCGGAGGGGAACUGGGAGGGCUUCGCGGGGUAUUUCCGUCAUGAGAUAAUUUCAUGCCACCCCCCCUACCGCUGGCGCAACUUCAACUCCACCAUGGCGCGUCUCACCGCAUCCGGCUUCGCGGAUUGUACGCUCUGGAGCGCCCUGCGCGAUAUCCUGCCGGGGAGUGGUGAGUACCCGGAUCUGCAGCGGAGGCCGGUCGACGGACCGAUCAAGAUGGGGAAUGAUAUCAAUGCGGCGGCGCAGUGGGUUGUCUGGCCGGAGGAGUGUAGAUAUGUGUAUGAACGGUGUCGGAGGGGAGAGGGGAAGAACCUUUGGUGUAUGGAGAAUUGGAGGGAGUGGAAGAGUCAGUUUGCUUUUGUGGCUGGGGAUGGGCGGUUUGAGGGCAAGUUUCGGGAUGUUGCGGGGCGGGCGGCGAGGCAGAUGGUGGAGUGUGAGAGUGAGGGGGGAGAAUCGGUUGAUGGUUAAUUAGAGG